ACAACAAGUACACCAACCAUUUCUUCCACCACCACAAAACCAGAAACAAUUCAAGAAACAAUGACAACAAGCACAUCUACUAUUCCUCCCAUCAUUACAACACCGGAAGCCAUCUUUACACCAACCAUAAAACCACCCAUUACUGCUGCAACCACAAAACCAGAAUCCUUAACAACUAAUCGCACAACCAUUCCAAAUCUCACCACAACACCCGAGAAAAUUACAACAAGUACACCAACCAUUUCUUCCACCACCACAAAACCAGAAACAGCUGCACCAACCAUUCCUCCCACCACCACCACACCAAAAACAAUUACAAGUACACCAACCAUUUCUUCCACCACCACAAAACCAGAAACAAUUACACCCACAACCACAACACCAAAAACAAUUACAACAACUACAAAAAUAAUUCCUACAACCACAACACAAGAAACAAUUACAACAACUACUCAAAUAAUUCCUACCACCACAACUACACCAGAGACCAUUUCAACACUUACACCAACCAUUCCUACAACCACCACAACGGCAGAAAACAUUACAACAACAAAUCGUAUUACAACCACAGCACAAGAAACAAUGACAACAAGCACAUCUACUAUUCCUCCCAUCAUUACAACACCGGAAGCCAUCUUUACACCAACCAUAAAACCACCCAUUACUGCUGCAACCACAAAACCAGAAUCCUUAACAACUAAUCGCACAACCAUUCCAAAUCUCACCACAACACCCGAGAACAUUACAACUACACCAGAGACCAUUACAACAACUAGACUAACCAUGCCUACCAGUACACCAACCAUUUCUUCCACCCCCACAAAACCAGAAACAAUUACAACAGCUACAAAA